GUUGGUGGGAAAAAUUGGAUUGUUUUUUGGGCUAAGGUUUCUUGUUGUUGAACCUGGAUAUGGCACGUCUGGUCAACAGGGCUCAUAGAAUCUAUGGGAUCGUCGAAGCCCGAAAACAACAACAACAACUGGUCAACUGGACAGUGUAAAGGCAACGAUACACCCUGGCGGCCUCAGACGUCCACCACUCCCGGCAACCUGCUGUCCUGAGUGUUCUCCGCCUUACCUGUGCCUUCUUGAAGGCCAGCUACCACGCCUGUGAUACCCACACAGGACUACCCCUGGGGUCAUAGGGAUCUAUAGAUCGUCAAGGCCAUAACAACUAAAAACGAUUACUACCUAUCUAGUCAGAGGUGGCUAGCAGUCAUUAGAAUAUAAAAUGCAUAAUCCAGAGGUGGAGAAGCACCCGCCAGAGUGCCGUCUGUACCAUGGGUGUUACCACUGGGAGCAAGUUGGCAAGGAGGCGGCCUGGCGUAAGCUGGUUGACCAACACCCAUUCAAUGCAAAAAUUUCCUUGUUGAUGCCUGACUUACCCAGCGUUCCAGCAGAUCUUCGGGAGCUACUUACACAGGACACACAGUUCUAUAGAAUUGAUAAGCUACCUCUGCAUCAGUUGUGUGCACCUGCCUUCCUGCAAGCCUUCCUGAACAAAGGCCAGGUGUUUGGCCUGAGCUGUGACACACUGCUGGACACAGACAACAGUGCUGUUAUUGCCCCUGAUGGCUUGCUGAGGCUUCUGCUGAACAAAUUCACCUACCAGGAGCUGGCCCUCAGUGGCUCCCUCUCUGCUGACAUCCUGCGUACACCAAUGGAGAAGUUUGUGGUUGAAGUGGAUCUGAAGAAUCCAAACUUUUACCCGGGAAAGCCACGCUACCAGCAGGUGAAGAAUGCCUUCACGCAGCUGCCUCUUGCCUUCUCCUUCUGGAUCCUGUGGGUCCCAAAUGAUCCUGAUGUUUGUCCAUCCUCUAUUGCCAAGUACUUCCAUGACCUUGGCUACAGUGUUAGUGAGUGUGCAGCAACGCUAAGCCAGAAUGUGCUGGAGAAGGCCUUCAUGCCUUUCCCUGGCCCACCUGUAGAAGAGGCAGGGCUGGAUGAGCAGAUAGCUGAGCCAGAGGACCUUUUAGAGUGGAUUGGAUGUCAGACACUUGGGAUAAGACUGAGUCAGAAGGAGUCGGUGCUUUCCGGCGUGGUGGAGCCAAGACAUGGAACUCCUGUCAACAACCUCUGCUGUGCCCAGUCCUCCGGCUUCUUCUCUCCCAGCCUCAUUCACCUCGUAAUUCAGUAUACCAGGUCUUGGCUGGCGCAGCGUGAAGCAACAGCUGUUCCGUGGGUGAGCCUAACUGUGUAUGGCCAUCCUGACUCCGCUAUGUCAUGGAGAUGGGAGAAACCGAGCUGCUCCUCUUGGGAUAACCUGUACACACUGGUGAUAACGAGGGAACACCUGCUUGCCUUCAUGUUGUUGGGACCUGGCAAACCUCAGAGACUCAUUGUAAAGACCAAUAAAAACAAAUGAAGGAGCUA